CCUCCAUAUCGCGAACGCAACCUCAAUACCCACCGCAACCUGUCGCAUCCCCGCGCCUCACCUCAAUUCAGCCGAAUAAAUCGCAAAAUCAAGAAAUCUAAAAACCGCAAUCAUGCAUCUAAUGUACAUCCCCGACCCGGCGAACCCGAGCAAGCGCAUUUACACGCUGAAAAAGGUCAUCGAUGGCGAGGUUAGCAAGAGUGCGCAUCCAGCGCGCUUUUCACCUGAUGACAAGUACUCGCGCCAUCGCGUUACGAUUAAGAAGCGGUAUGGACUGCUUUUGACACAGCAGAAGAACAAGGUCGCGGAGAAGAUCUAAAUGUCUACCGGGAAUUGGCAAUCGAUCGAGGGACGAGGGUGUUCAGCAGGAGUGGAAGUGGUGCAGAUGUGGAUAUUGAGAGGGACUGAAGAGCUUGCGUGUAAUCACGCAACAAGAGAGAAGAGAAGGCAAGAGCAUGAUGCAGGCGUUGGAACGGCGUAACAAAGGCGCAGCGAAAAGUUCACGGCGGCACGUACAAAGGCUCCUCUAUGCCAGAGUGUAUUUUUCUCAUGGGAGAUUUCGUAGGAUUUGGGAAUUUUAUUCGUUUCAUGAAAA